AAUGAUCUAUAAAUUAUAAGAGAAAAAAUUUGUAACGAACAACGCUGAGCUUUAAGACUAGAGAGAGACUCGGAGGCAUUUUCUCCUUUUGCUUUGUUUUGAUAAUCCGCCUCCGCCGAACCGAGUGAAGUGAAAUCAGAGAAGAACACAGAGCCGAAAUGGGCGGCGGAGGUGAAGGAACGACGCUGGAAUUUACUCCGACGUGGGUUGUAGCCGCCGUCUGUACCGUCAUCGUCGCCAUUUCCCUCGCCUUAGAGCGCCUCCUUCACUUUCUCGGCAAAUACCUCAAAAGGAAGAAUCAGAAGCCGCUCAAUGAAGCUCUUCAGAAAGUUAAAGAAGAAUUGAUGCUUUUGGGGUUUAUUUCACUUCUGCUCACUGUAUUUCAAGGCGCCAUCUCUAAAUUAUGUGUUCCUGAGAGUUUGACUGAGCAUUUACUUCCGUGUGAUCUGAAGGAUAAAGCUAAAGCUGAACAUGGUUCUCCCUCCGAUGAAACUGGUUCGUCAUCGACGAAGCAUUUUCAAACAUUCUUUGUUUCGAGUAUUUCUGGUACGGCCAGGCGUCUUCUAUCUGAGGGAUCGGCUUUACAGACUGGUUAUUGUGCCAAGAAGAAUAAGGUGCCGUUGCUAUCACUUGAAGCAUUGCAUCAUCUACAUAUUUUUAUCUUCAUCCUAGCUAUUGUCCAUGUGACAUUUUGCGUUCUCACUGUAGUUUUUGGAGGAUUGAAGAUUCGUCAGUGGAAGCAUUGGGAGGAUUCUAUUGCAAAAGAGAAUUAUGAUACCGAACAAGUUCUAAAACCAAAAGUCACCCAUGUCCAUCAACAUGCUUUUAUCAAGGACCACUUUUUGGGCUUUGGUAAAGAUUCAGCUCUUCUUGGUUGGUUGCAUUCUUUCCUCAAGCAAUUUUAUGCUUCUGUAACAAAAUCAGAUUAUGCAACGUUACGGCUUGGUUUCAUUAUGACGCACUGCAGGGGAAACCCGAAGUUUAAUUUUCACAAGUACAUGAUACGUGCGCUUGAAGAUGACUUCAAGCAUGUUGUUGGUAUCAGUUGGUAUCUCUGGAUAUUCGUGGUUGUCUUCUUGUUCCUUAAUGUUAGUGGUUGGCAUACAUAUUUCUGGAUAGCAUUCAUUCCUUUCGUUCUUCUGCUUGCUGUGGGAACAAAGCUUGAACAUGUGAUAACCCAACUGGCUCAUGAGGUUGCAGAGAAGCACGUAGCAAUCGAAGGUGAUCUAGUAGUCCAACCGUCCGAUGAUCAUUUUUGGUUUCAGCGACCCCGUUUUGUUCUCUUCUUGAUUCACUUUAUACUUUUCCAAAAUGCUUUUGAGAUUGGAUUUUUCUUCUGGAUAUGGGUUCAAUAUGGCUUUGACUCGUGCAUCAUGGGACAAGUCCGCUAUAUCAUUCCAAGGCUCAUCAUUGGGGUGUUCGUUCAGGGUCUUUGCAGUUACAGCACCCUACCGCUCUAUGCCAUUGUCACUCAGAUGGGAAGUUCUUUCAAGAAAGCAAUAUUUGAUGAACAUGUACAAGUAGGCCUAGUUGGUUGGGCUCAGAAGGUAAAGAAAAGAAAGGGACUUAAAGCAGCUGCUGAUGGCUCCACCCAAGGAGGCAAGGAAGGUGGUUCUAAUGCUGGGGUUCAACUGGGAAAUAUUAUGCGCAAGGCUUCUGCACCUCAAGAAAUUAAGCCUGAUGACUCCAAAUCAAAUGAUCUGCCUUAGUACGCAUGACUCCCAAAUUCCAAAUCAACUCAUUGGGCUAAGGUAGCCCUCUCUUCUCUCUCCAUUUGUAGAGUUGUAUUAUACAGUAACCGCUAUGCUUACCCCGUUCGGUAGGAGAAACGUCGAAGCGUUUUGUUAUAGUUAUACUGUAAAAUUUUGAACUCUGGAAUGAUCUUAUUAUACAUGAGUUGUAUCGUCUCAUUGAUGAUCUAUCCUAGGCUUUGUUUUUCUCUAGGUUCACCUUGCAAGAGUUAAAAAUUGUAUCAUAUUCAUGUUGUCUACUUUUGGUCUAUAAAGCUUCAUGUGAUGUUUGCUCAUUGAUAUGUUCUAUUUUUAUUGGUUCGUUAUUUAGGGGUUGUUUUGUGGGA